AUGCGCACCCAAUUCUUCAUCGCCGCCUUCCUCGCAUCGCUCGCCCAAGCCGAUGACGCUAGCUCCAGCAUCCGUGGCUACUUCUCCCCCGACUGGAAGGCCGGCUGGAAUGGCGCCUGGACAAGCACUGCUGCCAGUAUCGCCGGCAUCAACGCCGAAGCCACCACAUACCACGUUGGUUGCGUGAAAGACGCCCCCAAAUCGGCCUGCGACUUGGUUGAUUCGAUCACAAUCAUUCAGGGCGCAGCAACUGCCAGCUUCAACGCCAAAUACAUCGCCACCUCAUCCGGCACCGAUGGCUGGGACCUUACUGUCACCGAGACAUGGGACUGCUCUUUGGUGUCAACCACCGAGUCAGCUAGCUGCACCAUGAGCAUCAGUGCGGGCGGAUCCGCGUAUGGCGGCAAGACUUCUUCCUCUUCCUCUACCUCGGCAACCUACACAACAGCUCCCAUGAACGAGAAGUACUACAGUCUGACUGUGACUGGCGGUCUGGAAUCCUUCACUGCCCCCGCGGCAACCAAAACCCCGGAUGCUGCUGCCGCCGGACCUGCCGCCGCUCUGAUCACCGCUGCCCCCAUGGUUGCGGCUGCGGUGGCGGCUUUGCUUUGA